UAUUGUCAUUCUAAGAUAUUAUUUUGUUGAACAAAAAAAUUCUAGGCAAACGUCCAUUGACGGAUGAAUUAUUUUCGGUGCUGAAUAGAGAGGUGUGCUAACAUGUGCUAACGCGAUCUACGCGACACUGCCAGGUGAGAUGGAGUCUAGUGAGGAGGGGGGCCUCAGUGUCGGGGGCGAGGAGAACUACUUUCAGGGCUACACCUUCACCGACCGCUCCCACUCCAGCCGGGUGGUGAAAAGCAUCAUGGACUUGUGCCUGGAAGACGGCCUGUUUGCUGACGUCACCGUGACAGUGGACGGCAAAGAAUUCCACCUACACCGACUCGUGCUAUCGGCGCAGAGCAGUUUCUUCCGCUCCAUGUUCACUUCCAACCUCAAAGAGUCGCACAACCGCUGUAUCGAACUGAAGGAUGUAAGCGCCGCUGUCUUCCAACUGCUGGUUGACUAUAUCUACCACGGUACCAUUAAACUGAGGGUGGACGAGCUGCAGGACACUUACGAGAUGGCAGAUAUGUACCAGUUAACGGCUCUUUUUGAAGAAUGUUCUCGGUUUCUCUCGCGGACUGUGGAGGUCAAGAAUUGUCUGCAGGUGAUGUGGCUUGCAGACAGGCACAGUGACCAGGAGUUGUACACGUCUGCCAAACACUGCGCUAAAAUCCACUUGGCCCAACUUCAUCUGACUGAGGAAUUCCUCAAUCUACCCCUCUGUCUGCUCUUAGACAUCAUCAAAGAUGGGGUUCCAAGCUCCCAGAAUCCAACUGUGGCCAUCGAAUCAUGGAUAAAUCACAACAAAGUAGAAAGAGAGGAGUUUGCUUGUAUUCUCCAAGAAAAUCUGAAGGAAAUCGGUGAAAACGUUCAUAUUUACCUGAUUGGCAAAGAGGACACGAGGACUCACUCCCUGGCCGUGUCGCUUCACUGCGACGAAGACAUCAGCGUGAGCGGCCAAAACAGCCUGUGUCACCAAAUCACCGCCGCCUGUAAGCACGGGGGUGACCUCUACGUGGUGGGCGGCUCCAUCCCGCGCCGCAUGUGGAAGUGCAACAUGCACACCAUGGACUGGGAGCGCUGCGCGCCGCUACCUCGGGACCGCCUCCACCACACCAUGGUGUCAGUUUCCAGCGAGGACGCCAUCUACUCUCUGGGCGGCAAGACGCUGCAGGACACGCUGUCCAACGCUGUCAUCUUCUACACAGUGAAGGACAACAUGUGGACGGAGACCAGCCAGCUGGACACGGCCGUUUCGGGAGCCGCCGGCGUCAACUUGGGAGGUACCAUCUAUUUGUUGGGCGGCGAGGAGAACGACAUGGACUUUUUCACCAAGCCGUCGCGCCUCAUUCAAUGUUUUGACACCACGUCCCAGAACUGCCAGAUCAAACCGUACAUGCUGCCGUUUGCCGGAUGCAUGCACGCUGCCGUCCACAUGGACGUCAUCUUCAUCGUGGCCGAAGGAGACUCGCUGGUUUGUUACAACCCUUUGCUGGAGAGCUUCACCCGCCUGCGUUUUCCCGAAGCGUGGAGCUGCGUGCCCUCGCUGUGGAAAGUGGCCAGCUGUAACGGCUGCAUCUACGUUUUUCGGGACAAGUGUAAGAAAGGCGACGCUAACACGUUAAAGUUCAACCCGGCGACAUCCGUCGUCUCCGUUAUCAGAGGGCUGAAAAUCCACUUGACAAACUGGCAAUUUGUCUUGGCCUAACCUUUCUUCUCUCUCGCUCUGAACGUAACGUACUGUGUGGACAAAUGUUGAGACGCACCUCUUCAAUCAGCUUUUGGAUCAUUGAAUACUUUUGGUAACUGUUGGGGCAAAGUUCCUUCUCCCAGCAUGCACUUCACAAACAGGGUCCAUAAAGACAAGCUGAGAUCAUUGGUGGCGAGCCAGGCCUUCCGGUCCACCCGUUACUGUCGUACACAUUUUCUGAUUCUCACCUUUUCAUUUCAGCCGUAACAGUGAACACAGCUUCAUUUCAGGCCAGCCUUACACUUUAUUCUAUUGAGGGUCGCCUGAAACUUAUCCUUUUUCAUACUUAGUGUUAAGUAUAAAUGUUUCACGUAUGAACAGUAGAAAUGUUUGAUCGGCUCUUUAAUUGUCAAAUAUUGAUGUGCAUCCAUAUAACAGGUGAUGUUUUCUUUUUUUACUUUUCAAACGUGUUUGUCUUUCAAAUGUAUUUUUUUUAAUGUACCGUGUUUUUGGUCAAAUAUAUUGCUGUAGCAACUUAA